AUUUUUCUAAAAUAUAUCUGCUUGAAAUAAUUUUGUAUUGCCAACCUUGCGUCCAAACCCCACAAAAUCCCCAAAUGACAUUUCUCAUUUGUGUGAUGACUUUGUAGUUUGUUGCACUUUUGCACAAAGCUCCCAAAAACUUAUUAAAAUGGGUCAAAGUCAGUCAGGCCCCGGCGGGGGCGACAAGAAGGAGGAAAAAGACAAGAAGAAGAAAUACGAGCCCCCGAUCCCCACUCGCGUCGGUAAGAAAAAGCGCCGUACUAAGGGCCCCGACACCGCCUUGAAACUCCCCGUCGUGACCCCCCACACUCGCUGCCGCCUCAAACUCCUCAAACUGGAGCGCAUCAAAGACUACCUCCUCAUGGAGGAGGAGUUCAUCCGUAAUCAGGAGCGCCUCAAGCCCCAGGAGGAGAAGAACGAGGAGGAGCGCUCCAAAGUGGACGAUUUACGAGGUACCCCCAUGUCAGUGGGGAAUUUAGAGGAAAUCAUCGAUGAUAACCACGCAAUUGUCUCAACUUCGGUUGGUAGUGAGCACUACGUCAGUAUUUUGUCUUUUGUUGACAAAGACCAACUCGAACCGGGCUGUUCGGUGCUCCUCAACCACAAAGUCCACGCCGUUGUGGGGGUCCUAGGGGACGACACCGACCCCAUGGUGACGGUAAUGAAGCUCGAGAAGGCCCCCCAGGAGACGUACGCCGACAUUGGGGGCCUCGACACCCAAAUCCAGGAAAUCAAAGAGUCAGUUGAACUGCCCUUGACCCACCCCGAGUACUACGAGGAGAUGGGGAUUAAGCCCCCCAAAGGGGUGAUUUUAUACGGGCCCCCAGGCACAGGGAAAACCCUUCUGGCCAAAGCAGUCGCCAAUCAAACCUCAGCGACUUUUCUCCGAGUUGUUGGAAGCGAACUUAUACAAAAAUAUCUCGGGGAUGGCCCCAAAUUAGUGAGGGAAUUGUUUCGUGUUGCUGAGGAACAUGCACCGUCGAUUGUUUUUAUUGAUGAGAUUGAUGCUGUGGGGACGAAACGUUAUGAUUCGAAUUCGGGAGGGGAGAGGGAAAUACAGAGGACUAUGCUUGAGUUGCUCAACCAAUUGGAUGGGUUUGAUUCAAGAGGGGAUGUUAAAGUUAUUAUGGCGACCAAUCGGAUUGAGACUCUUGAUCCUGCACUGAUUCGGCCUGGACGUAUUGAUAGGAAAAUUGAGUUUCCUUUGCCUGAUGAAAAGACGAAAAAGAGGAUUUUUAAUAUUCAUACGUCGAGAAUGACGUUGGCUGAGGAUGUUAAUUUGCAAGAGUUGAUUAUGGCCAAGGAUGAUUUGUCAGGGGCUGAUAUUAAAGCGAUUUGUACCGAAGCUGGGUUGAUGGCGUUACGUGAGAGAAGAAUGAAGGUCAUGAAUGAAGAUUUUAAAAAGUCGAAAGAGAGUGUUUUGUAUAGGAAGAAAGAAGGGACUCCUGAGGGGCUCUAUCUUUAGAUAAAAUUAACGUUUUCUAUGUUUUUUUGUGAAAGAAUAAACUUACUUACUCCA